AUGAAAUUCACAAAAAAAAGAAAACCUGCCAUUGACAAGGAUAUUAACAAAGAAAAACGAGAUAUAAUUAUCAUUCUAAAAGAAGGAGAAGAACCAGAUCGCAGGUUGCUCCAGAAACCCACCGAAAGUAACGCACAACUAGCUACCAUGCUAGAAGAGGGACAGUUGAAGACAGGAAAAAUGGUCUGUAGCAAAACCUCCAGUGUUCUGAUUACAGACGACCAUGAAACCAAUGAUAACAUGGACCGAUACACGUAUCUCAUUAUGACUGAAUCAGGCGGGGAAACGAACAAGGACAGAGAUUACCUAACAGGGAAUAUCAAAAAAGCGAUGCGUGCUCUUAAGAAAGUUAAACGAAAUACCAUGGUAUGUACAAUGGAUAAGCAAGUAAAUGAGAUGAGAACAAGAAAGCUACUGGAAUAUAUUUGCAGGAAGGAAGAUAUGGAUCUUUCACUUUAUAUGAGUAAAAUCAGACGUCAAAGUACCAUCUACACACAAGAAGAAACCAGAAGAAACAGAGGGAAGCACUUACGCCGAUAUUAUGAGAAACAUGGAAAAGGAUGUAAAUACAGAGGGUAUACCAAUAGACAGAGUGGAUAA